ACUUUCCAUUCUCUUAGAAACAAGGCGGUGCUUGUUUCCAGGAAGUAGUACCGCAGCGUGACUUUACAUUGCUCCCUGUUGCUGCUAGCCUGUCCGUUUCAAAUUAUAUUUUCAAACAAGUUUAUAUAUAUAUAUAUAUAAGGAUAUAUAUAUAUAUUAGAACAGAAAAUGGGUGAUGAUGAAAAGUAUGACGGGAUGUUGCUUGUUAUGGCACAACAGCACGAAGGAGGUGUACAAGAGUUAGUAAACACGUUUUUCAGCUUCCUCCGGCGUAAAACAGACUUCUUCACGGGUGGCGAGGCAGGUGCACCAGAGAAGCUGGUGAAGGAGUCGUUUGCCCAACACAGCGGUCUUGCCCUGAAGACCCACAGAGAGAAGGAGAAGAGACAGGAGAAGGAGAAGAGAGAGAAGGCAGAGAGAGCUGCUAAGCUAGCUGAAGAAGAGGAGAAAAAUAAGAUUAAGAAAGCAGACGACGAGCCCAAAAUCAAAGAACUGACAGACGAAGAGGCAGAGAGACUUCAGUCUGAAAUCGACAAGCAAAAGAAACCAGAGGAGAAGAAAGAGGCCACAAACACAAAUGCAGAAAUUCCACCUGAGAAAGCUGAGAAGGAAGGGAGAGAGAAGGGAGAGAAGGAGACUGAUUCCGAUGGAGAAGAAGAUGAGAAAGACAAGGACAAGAUGAAACCUAAUGCAGGCAAUGGAGCUGACCUGGCCAACUAUCGUUGGACACAAUCCCUGUCUGAAGUGGACCUGGUGGUGCCUUUUGAUGUGAAGUUCCGUAUGAAGGGGAAGGAUGUGAUGGUGGACAUCCAGCGUGGUAUGCUGAAGGUGGGUCUGAAGGGCCAUCCUCCUGUGAUCGAUGGACAGCUCUACAACCACGUCAAGGUGGAGGAGAGCUCCUGGCUCAUUGAGGACGGCAAGGUGGUCACCAUUCACCUGGAGAAGAUCAACAAGAUGGAGUGGUGGAAUAAGAUGGUGACCACGGAUCCAGAACUCAAUACAAAGAAGAUCUGUCCAGAGAACUCGAAGCUGUCAGAUCUGGAUGGGGAGACCCGUGGUAUGGUGGAGAAGAUGAUGUACGAUCAGAGACAGAAGUCCAUGGGUCUACCCACCUCCGAAGAGCAGAAGAAACAAGACAUCCUCAAAAAGUUCAUGUCGCAGCACCCAGAGAUGGACUUCUCUAAAGCCAAGUUCAGCUAAGAGACGUCACUGUCGUUCCCCAGCCAACCCUCCAUACCCCUCUGCACUCUUACUCUGCCCAGGAAAACGACGACUAUGAAUCCUCAUCAAAACCAACCUCCGGCGCCGAUCUUACAGUUGAAUUGAAUCUCUCUUCUCUUUAUGUCUUCAUCACCCUUUCUCUCUUUCUUCAUCACCCUUUCUCUCUGUCUUCAUCACCCUUUCUCUCUGUCUUCAUCGCCCUUUUUGUCUUUCCAUUUCUGUAGUCCUAAAGUGAUGGGUUCUUGUUAGUCUCAUUCCUGUGACUGACAGAAACUUGACGACUGUAAUAACUCCCAUCUUUGUUGUGUUGCAUUUGUUACUGUGUUCUGGAUGUUUUAAAUAAAUGUUUGGAGUUUUUUUCUUUUAAAAUAAAUGAAUUCAAACCACAUUCAUUGAAA